AUAUAUUUGUUGUUCGUGUUCUGACUCGCUUCUGACAUCCUGAAGCCUCAAAGCGACAUCCGAUUAUUUUUUAAUCAGGCUUCACCCGCUGCACUUAAGUCCUUCUUGGAUCCACACAUUGUCAAAAAUACUUGAAAAUGAAUUGGACUGUCAUCAUUCAGAGUUUAGAAACACUAAUAAAAUACAGUAAAUAGAUGCUACAAUCUAGGAGCACUAAUCUAUUCAUUUUAUUGUGAUAUAAUUACUUUUUUAAGCCUCCUUGAAUGUAUCCUCACUUCAGUCUUUAUCUGUAAUCACCCAGAUGAACGCACUUACACAUCACUAUCACUGUCGCUGUACAAUCUAUAUUGGGAUUGAAAGACUUUGUCCAAAUGGGAAAAUGAUUUCUAUCAGCACACUGAUGACAAUCAUCCUGGUAGACAAUGAGAUAUCAGAUAUGCAUCGUUGUCAUAUGGAACUGACAAUGAUGGAAACGGUUCAGCCUUUUGGCCACUUGAAUGUGAUAAAUGAAUGGGAUGCAUGUGAUGGGGGGGGGUACUACUCUCCGUUAUUCAUGAUGGAAAAUGUUUUGGGGAUUUUCUUUGAUACGAGUUCCUUCAGAAGAAAGGACCAUUUCAUUUCAGCGUUCUUUGUGUCCAGCUGGGUCCCAGCCCAGCUCUUUAUUCUGGAGAGAUGGCUGACCUACAUUCUGCAAUGCUUUCCACUGCACUCUUGUAAGGAAACGAAUGCAAAACUUCAAUCAGAGUAUUACUUAAAAGAACAAUAUGGCAUACUUUGGUUGUGCAUACAAUGACACAGUCUAGUGAAUAAAACAUAUGCAGCUCCGUCCAUAGGUAACAAUAACACACCUUUUAAACCGGCCAGUUAGGAGGAUGACAGGUUGUUUUCGGCAGCGCGUGUGUGACUGCUCGCUCGGCGCGUGGCUCCAGCGACUGUGGUUCCAGAGAGCGCUCGCGCUGUCCAAAGUCAGUUUACCCAGAACGACAAUCAAAGAGACAUCCGGUCAUUUACUUUCAAAAUAACAAUAAAAUACGAUUGAUACUGCGAUCUUUACAAAUGUUCCACUGCUCCCUGUAGACUCAAAAAGCAUAUAACAGGGAAUUAAACGUAAUGUUAAAUAAAAGUAUAGGCACAUUGUGAAAGAGGACUAAAUCAUUACACUCUAUGGUCUUUAAUUAGCACAAGAUGAAACAGUGAUGCUGCAGGGGGCUUUUAGCAGUUAAUGAUAUUAUGAUAUUAUCAUAUAUAAAAGGCCUAUACAAGCAGCUGUGAUGUGUCAGUUGUGUUUCUAAUAAAAUAAAAAUAAAAAUGUAGAUUAGAUGAAAAUCGACCACUUGAUGGCAGCAGCAAGUAGCAAAAAGACAGACGAUAAAAGAAGAAAUGAAGGCUGUGGAAGUGAACACAGUAAAUGGUCUAAAGGUAUAAAAGGUUGUAUUGUGUCUGUGAAGUGACUCACUGAUGCAGCCUAUAAGAUCUAUUUGACCAACACAGAUGCUGUCCAGCCUGCACUUUGAAAGCCAACCCGCCCUCUUUCCGGUGAUGCUCUGGGUAACUCUCGCUAGUUCCACGCAGCUGGAGCAGCUCGCGGCUGCACGCGCGCCUCGCGCUCCUGUCAGUGAAAUACAAACGGACGUUUUCGGAGGAGAGGCGAGAAUCGCUUUCUGAGGCAUUGUCCUCAUUUUUCUCCUGUUUUUUUUGUCUGUCUCGCCCGUUGACCAUGGGGACAGAAACGGACAAACGGGGUCCGGUAAAAUCGGUUGGAGGAGCCGUUCAGUGACAGCUGCUGUUAUCUGACUGACAGACAGACCGGUGGAACGUGACGGACAGGUAAACCGCUGUAGGUUUCAAGAAAUCAACGGCCCGGGGAAUAAUGAUGACAGAAAAUAUGCUGUAACGUGCAGUGGCGUGCUCAUUUUGGACUUUACCGCGUUGUGGCUGAAGCAUGGGGCCGUUAUAGCCGGUAAAGCGGAGACCGGAGGUUUGCGUCUGUGCUCCGCUCCGUGGACACAACUGAGGAGACUGGAGACACGGACGGAGACGGGGCGGUUUUUGUUUCGGCGGAGACAUGGCAGCGGCCAUCGCCAGCGGUUUGAUCCGGCAGAAGCGACAGGCGAGAGAGCAACAUGUCCACCGACCGACCCCUCACCGGCGGCGGAAGAGCCCCGGUAAGAAGCAGGGGCUGUGCAACGGGAACCUGGUCGACAUCUUCUCCAAAGUCCGGAUAUUUGGCCUGAAGAAGAGGAGGCUACGGAGACAAGAACCACAGCUGAAGGGCAUAGUGACCAGGUUGUUCUGCAGGCAGGGCUUCUAUCUCCAGAUGGGCCAGGAUGGAAGCAUGGACGGGACCAAAGACGACAGCACCAACUCCUCUCUGUUUAACUUAAUUCCUGUGGGUCUGAGAGUCGUGGCCAUCCAAUCGGUCAAGACUGGCCUCUACAUCGCCAUGAAUGGAGAGGGUCACCUCUACUCAUCGGAACUGUUCACAGCGGAGUGUAAGUUUAAGGAGUCGGUGUUUGAGAACUACUAUGUGAUCUACAGCUCGAUGCUCUACAGACAGAAGGAGUCGGGCCGGGCCUGGUUUCUGGGCCUCAAUAAAGAGGGACAAGCCAUGAAGGGAAACAGGGUCAAAAAGACCAAACCAGCCGCACACUUCCUGCCUAAACCUAUAGAAGUUGCGAUGUACCGAGAGCCUUCGUUGCACGACGUAGGGGAGGCGGUGCCUAAACUCGCCGGGGGCCCGCCUUCCAAAAGCACAACCAGCGAACCUGUGGUCAUGAAUGGCGGCAAACCAGUCAACAAACCCGACAAGGAGGCGACAUAACCUUGCCCUCCCCCUCCCUCCCUUUUUACCCUUCCCUAGCCAACCAGAGGCCAGGAAAAGCCAGAGACUCGCCCCACUGCUGCGCGCUCAAAAACAAACUAAACUGCAACAAAAGGUAACCAAACAAACAGCAGCUCAAGUUCUGACUGGUCAGCAGUGGGGCCGCAGGUCCCGCCUCGCCUCUCUCCCUGUUGGACGGAUCUGGUGUUGUGGGGCGGAGCCAGAAGGACAGAGCGCUGCGGCUGGUGGCGGGGUGGGGGGGGGAAGAGGAGGACGAAGACCGUAAAGUCAAGCCGAUGCCAGUCAGAUAUUUUGGAACUGGGACAGCAUGCCCUCAAAUGGAAGACAAAAUGACUUCUUAAAAAUAUUAACAAAACAAACAAAAAAUGUCGUCCUCACCGGUUUUUUUCUGUGACAAUCUUUAAGAAUUAGGGCCCCGUUUGUCCUCUCCUGAUAGUACCGUUUUCUGUUGCCAGGUACGCUUGCCUGCUGGUGGCUACACACACACACACACACAUGCAGACAGCUCCCGUCCGACAUCGACCAGUCGGAUUCGAUCUUUGAGUAAAUAAUGAACAGAUUAAAAAACAAACAUCAGGCAAAGAGAACGCUUUAAAUACCAAACACCGAUGAUUCAGCGGCUGCUUAGUCAUCGAUCAAUUAAGACGUGGCACAGGACAUUCUGUACUAAGCUUACAAUGAAAUGUACUUGAAAGCGGCCCUGUGCAUUACAUGCAGUGCAAACCCAUCGUACGGCCUGUCUGUAAUUGUAAUCACAUACUAUAUAGCUGUUUGACACUACAUAGCUUAAAGCAUGUUUGUCUUUUCAGUUUGUGUACAUCUAGCUAUGGUUUAUUAUUCUGCACACACAGAGCACUCGUGACUAUCGAGCUGCAUCGUUGUACACAAGACAAGUUGUUUUCUCGUUCCCUUUACGAAGCGCUAUGAUUUCCACAUCGCUGACACAAGUGUAGCUCAGGAGACGAGAUCAAAUGACGUGUCAAGUGAAGACUUUUGCUUUCCAGUUGCUCAAAUGAGUGUGUAGCUUUCUUUGUAGCAACACAGAGUACACGGGAGUCAUGCUGGUGUCCGAGCAGCAUGGUAGCAGUCGGUGUUUACAUGGAGUAGCAGAUAUUGUAGAGGGUGAAACCCCAAGAACGGUCAGGCGGCCUAAUACAGUAGUAGUACCUUUUCUUUCUGUUGCCUUCCCAAGUACUUGAAGUUAAAGGUAGUAAUGAGGGUAAUAAUGAACAGGGUAAAUGAUAACUAUAGCUGUCAAAGAUGAUGUUAAGUAUUUAAAAUGAAUAUCAAUGUUGUAUAAAGUAGCGUAAAGUAAAGUACAAGUACCUCAACAUUGUACUGAAGCACAGUUCUUGAGUCAAUAUACAAGAUGUGGUUACUUUCCACUGCUAGACGCAGGAUCCAAGUGGAUUAGAGCAGAUCUGAUCGCAUGCAUAUUUACUGCAGAAUAAAACGGAGAGUGUGAGAAUUAGAUGAUUCAAUUAGCCUCCACAGUGGCCUAUAAAAGCAGCUGAAGGUUACUAAGAAAGGGUUAGAAAUGUGGUGAGAACAAACCGCACACAUUGAAUGCAGUGUCAAAUCAAAGUACUGAAAUAUGGCUUUUGGGUGAGACAUAGAAAACUACAUGGCGGAAAAUCAAAAGCUUUGAAAUUAAAUGAAACCAAAUAGAUUCCCAUGCUUUGCCCUCUCACUGUGACAGUCAACAUGGCACCAAUCUGUUCUGGACCUGAAUCCUGUUCAGCACCCGGGCUUUCUGUUUGUUCCUCUUUCUUAUCAGACAGCAAGACUAGACGCCAAUUAACUCCUCAGAAAGUUACACCAGUAGUCCGUCACAUUACUGAGGAGACAUUAAUACUGUGAUCCCACGCUUCACAUUAGUGUCUAAGACAAGGAGGCAGACACAAAUGACUUGAGUAAGGAACAGAAAACUGCACAUCCCUCUUGCUUUGGAUCCCAAUUUUAGGCAAAGUAGCCACUUUGCAUUUAAAUCAGAUCCUUGAAACGCUGUCAUAUUUGCUGAAGAUGAGUGACCUCCACUGACAUUCCCACAGCUACAACGAACAAAGCAUCCACCCGAGAAAAAAACCAAAAAAAACCAAGGCUGCAUGAUUAAUCCUCGCAAGCCGCCUCGCCAACAGGUGUGUGUGUCUGUGUAGGUGAAACAGUCCAGCGUGUUUCAUGUUGUCGCGCUGCGGUGUACUGUACAAAGGAUACACGGCGCUACGGAAGAGACAGUGAAAAUACAAGACAGCUCACAGUGAUUAUAAUUGGCAUUUCUCAGAUUUGCUGCUCACACAUUUUUCUCUCCUCUGAGCUCAUUAGCUGCCAUGUGGCCAGCCAGCUCACAAUAUAGUUUCAUGGGCCCGUCUUUAAUACUGUUUUGAAAGACAAAUAUUUGAGAUUUCUGAUUACAAAAAAAAUGCAAUUCAUUAAAGCCAGAAUGUAAUAAAAUAUAUGUGAAAAAAAGAGCGAUGAGAGUUUAGCAUUUUAAGUUUCUGUGUAAUCUCGACGCUAAAAAAAACCUGCAAGUGCACGUGAAAUGUAUUGCUGCUGUUGGAACAUCAGAAAGUGUUUUUUUUUUGGAUGGUACUGUAGAUUCUCGCUAUGUGAGUGCCUCUCAUCCCCAGCCAAGCUCAAGAUGCAAGAUCCAGGGCGGCUGCAGAUUUAUGCUGAAUGCUCAGCCUUCCUGGGUCCCAGCAUGGGUUUAACCAAGAUUUCCAAAACUCUCAAAGUGGCUUGAUUUAAGCUCUGUCCUGUCUAAUUUUACUUGAAGAGCAUAGUGGGGUGAUGGUGAUGAGGUGUUGUGCUUGUCUCACGUCAAACAAAUGUGGAUGUAACAUAAUAUUGUCGUGUCACACUCGGGGUUACUAGAAUAACGGUAAAAAAAAGAAGAAGAAAAACCCUGACAAUCUGGUCUGUAAACCUUUUUUAUUUUAUAAUGUAUCCUGUGUUGUCUCAGCUGCCUGUGUCUAAGAAGCCACUUCAACUACACAUCGCGUACAAUGUUUUUGUGCUCGUUAGGAGAUGUUGCCGAGACAAGACUCCGGGACAGCGACCGCUAUUCACUGAAUGAUUAUCAAGCAGCUAAUUUGUCUACAGCGCUGGCAGAGAGAAAAGAUCGACCGACUCUUCCUCUGUUCAGAGAGGCCCGGCUUGUUAGGCUAGAAGUAGGGUUCACGUCCUGUGAAAGCAGCCAUUGAAGAUCUGUGGCACAUGCUCGAGAAUUAAUGAUGGUUGAGGACAGAGAGAGAAGAAGCGACUUGUUUCCUGGCUACUGAGCAAAGACACUGCUGCAAUAGUGUUUCCAGGCUGGUAAUCACAGCUCCUGGUUCAAACAACGGAGGCGCAAUUCCUGUCGUCGUCUCCCGAGAGACUUCUCUCCACUAUGGUGGUUAGCCAGGUACCGAGACUACAAUUAUGAGAUAUCUAACAGCGGGCUCUGCCCAGGAAGAGAGCAGCGGAUUUAAUUAGAAGUGAGCAAUGGCGACAACCUUGGGUCACUUUUAAUUUCCACAUACAAGCACCACUCGUGUUCUGGUCUUAAUUUGUCCUGUAGCUGGAGGCUCACAAUGAACAGAACGCAUUAAGAGCACAGCAGAGGCUUUUUGUGACCUGACCACUGCAGUACAGGUGCACUUUAGAGACACUGGAACAUGGAAUGGUUCAUUAGCACUGUUGGUUAGCCGCUCUCCCUCAGGUUUUCUUUGCUGUUUCUUAUUUUUAUUUUUUUCCAUUCCACUUUAUUCCUCUGAGAAAAGACUGCCUUAUUACAUUUGAUUCUGAAAAGAGACGGUUAACGCACUCUCUUUCCAGCUUUUAUUUUCCCUGAACACACACACACACACACACACACACACACACACACACACUUCAUCCUACUUUACGUUUCAAUUAUCCUUUGAUCCCCAAUCUUCUGUUCACUGUAACUAUGCUAGCUUUCGCUCUCUGCUCGUUUUGUAAUCAUGCAGGCGGAGAACUUAUUCCCACCUCCUCUUUUCUCCUCCGCCUCUCUCCGGUUUGGACUGUUUCCCACCUGUUGCAUGUUUUUCUUUAAAAGAGGAAAGACGACUGGGGCUGAUGCAUGUGGUAAUUUAGGAAAUAUGUUAUCAUAAACAAAAACAUUUACAGCGUAGCACCAGUAAAACUCUGCUUCUGGCUCAUUUCUGCCAUCGGUUUGCACCGGUUGAUAUUUGUGUCAUUAAUGCAUUCAAAUGGCAUUCCUUUGUUCCCCUGUGGCAUCACAUGCAACGAACAGGGACAUAUUGUUUUUGAAGCAUAAUCCAUCAUUGCGAUAAUGGAGCAAAGGACGAAUGAAUCAAAAUUACUUCAUAUCACUAACACAGUUACACUAAUGCAUGACUUGCGUGGGAUAUUUUCAGCAGAGCAUCAAUAUUUAAUUCUGCCUGAGAGCAGGAAAAUUAUAACACAAAAAAAAACAGGAAGAAGGAAUUUUUUUGAUAUCCUUUGCUGCUUCUUUUAACAAUGAUGGAUUGAGCUCAGGAAGUGAUUUUUGGUACUUAUAGAUUUGGAAAUAGUUGGUGGUAACAAGCCCUGAUCCAGGACCAUCAUACUACAUUCAGUAUACCGGACUCGAACCUACAAACACACAAGGUGGUAGAUCUCCAUGUGACUUUUAAGCUGCGCAAAAUAGAUGUUACAUAAAAACACGCAAAUUAAUUUCCAUUAAAGUCCAAAGAAAGAUGGUGCAGGGCUUGAGUGUAGCUUGGUGCUGCCUCCUGUGGUCUCACUCCAGGAACUAAUCCAGCACCAUUUCUGAUUCGACCUGGUUUUUAUUGACUUCAAUGAAAGAAAUCAUGACCUGGUCUUGUAGUUUUUACCUACCUCCAGUAAAUUUGUAUUUUCAAAAAUGAUUCCUUGAAACCAAUUUGAGGAGCAGCUGUGCAACAAUUAUUUUUAAAUCCUUGAUAUGUAGUGUCGCGGUCCUGGAACGGGGCUAAUGGAAGCUAGUGCACACAUGUAAUUACAUGCUCAGUGACACUGUGAUGAGUCGCAGAGCAGACAACACAUUGAAUGAAGUCAGAGAUUUACAACAACCUGCCGUGUCUUUCUAAUGCAAACCAUGCUAGCGAUGAGUCAAAAGCAACAUGUCACUGGUGCUAACCUUAAAGGAGAUUACUCUGUCUGUCAGUAAAUGUACAGUUACCUUUACAUACAUAUUAUGCAAACAGUUUGUCUGCACUGUACAGUUUGUGUCCAAUCCAUUGUAUAAACACAGAAAAUGAUAUUGAAUAAAGGAUUUAUAGAAAGGAA